CGUAAAUUCGUCCGCGAAACUCUCUGGUCCUUGACCGUUGAUGGCGUCAGCUUGUGGUGCCUUUUCAGCCGUGUAUUUAAGAUCUACGACGCUUCAAUAACACUUGUCUUCUCGUACCUACUUCUCAAUCUUGCCUCUGAAAGAAAUAACAACCCUUGUCGUGAAGUAUUGGUUACUAUGGUGCACUUGGUCCUUACUGGCGCUACUGGCCUCGUUGGCUCUGGGGUACUCGAUGCAAUGCUCGCGAUGCAGAAUGUGACCAAGAUUUCCAUCAUCAGCAGGCGGCCAGUGGCAAUGGCAAAGGGCACCGACAAAACCGAAGUGAUACUCAAGGAAGACUUCGGGAAAUGGGACGCAGGUGAAGAAGCGCUCACGAGGAUUAGAGAUGCAAAGGGCAUUGUAUGGGCACUGGGUGUAUCGCAAAACGACGUGGACAAGGAGAAAUAUAUCGAGAUCACAAAAGACUAUCCCAUCAAGUUCAUCGAGGCCUUUGCGCCCAAGUCGCCGUUCAAUUUUGUCUAUGUUUCGGGCGAAGGCGCAACGCUCACACCAGGGGUCUUUACGCCCAUAUUUGGACGUGUCAAAGGCGAGACCGAGGCUGCUAUCUUGGAACAACACAAGAGGAAUCCUGAGCUGAAAGCAUUCUCUGUGCGGCCGGCAAUGGUCGACGAAACUGAUCACCCGGCGAUUCACGAAUACGUUCCCAGGCGGCCAGCCUAUCAGCGAGUAUUGAGGCCGGUAUUAUUCCCGACUACGAAAAUGCUUCUGAGUGGCUUUCAUAGCCCGACUAAACCUCUGGGCAGGUGGAUGGCAGAGCUCGCUGCAGGCGAUGGAAGGCCGCUGGAUGGGGCCGGCGUUGAGGGAGAUGGAAGAACCAUAUCAAAUAAAGGGUUCAGGAGGCUUGCUGGGCUCGACUGACAUGUUCCUUUCGCUGGAUACAGCUUCGGUCGGAUAUCAUUGGGACACAAUCAACAGAGUAUAUUAAUGUAACGUGGCGUGCGUCGUAGCCGCCAGAUAUGCAUCUGUUCUCUAGGCAGAUAUUAGUGCUUAAAUAGCCCCCACGCAAACUAGCGUUAUUGCGUCG